AUGUCUCAAAAUCAAGACGAGGGCAACAAUAAUGUAAAUUUAGGGCCACAUAGCCCUUCUUCGUUCAGAAGUAAACAUUCACAAUCAUAUACACCAAAUCGUUCUUUUAGCGUAUUGCAAUUUACUUCUAUGCAAAAAAGUCCCAAUGUCAGUCUUGGUCCUCGUCCGUACUUUAAUACUCCUAAUCAAUUGGAAAUUGGUAAUUCUUCACAAUUGAGGAACCGUAAUCAAAAUUGGGCUCUUGGUAGUUUAGGAAGUUUACCAGAGGAAAACAAACGAGACAAUGCAAAUGGAGUUUAUGCACAAACUGCUCUUCAAAGUAAUUUAUCAUUGUUACUACAAAAAGAGUCAAAAAACCCUGAUCCAAAUUCAACUGUACAACCAUCACCAUCAAUAGUUUUAGACACAUCAUCAGUUCAAAUAGAUAAUUCAAAAAAACCUGAUGUCACAAAACCUAGAAUUAAUAACGAAGAUAUCCCAACAGAUGACAGUGAAAUUGAGACUGGUGGGAUGGAAAACAGACCAUUACUAAAUAACCAGCUUGGUUUUAAUAAUUAUGGGAAUGUAAUAAUAGAGAAUGAUAAUUAUUAUCCUCAGGGAAAAAUUUCAUGGAUUAAUUGGAUACCAUAUGUUGGAGUUCAUAAUUAUUCACAAUAUGAAAGAAUAUCAAGACCAAGUAUUCAUAUCACACCAAAAAAAUUUAUUAGACACAUAGUCCUGGACCCAAUUUCAUACAUUCCUGCUGUCAUACUUGGGCUUUUAUUAAAUCUUUUAGAUGCUAUUUCUUAUGGUUUGAUCAUAUUUCCAUUAAGCAAUCCUAUUUUCGAAAACUUUGGCCCAGAUGGUAUCUCUAUAUUUUUCAUUAGUUGUAUUGUGUCACAAAUAGUUUAUUCUGGUGGUGGCAGUGUAUUUCGAGGUGGUAAUGGUAGUAUGAUGAUUGAAGUUGUUCCUUUCCUACAUUUGAUGGCUGAAACAAUUUCAUCACAAAUUGAUGAAAAUACUGAAGAUCGUGAAAAGGCAGUAAUCGCUACAACAAUACUUUCGUUUGCAUUAAGUUCAAUUUUAACAGGAGUUGUGUUUCUAUUGUUGGGUAUAUUUAGGCUUGGUUCUUUAGUAGAAUAUUUUCCAAGGCAUAUCCUUAUUGGAUGUAUUGGAGGUGUUGGAUGGUUUUUAUUUGCAACCGCAAUAGAAGUUACCUCCCGUAUUCAAGAAUUUAGAUUCGAUUUAGAAACUCUUAUUCUUUUAUUAAGUGAAAAUAAACCCUUGUUAUGUGGCUCUGCACUUGCUUUAGCGAUAUUUCUAAGGUUUAUCCAAUCUAGAUUAAAUUACAGCCUCGUUGUUCCUUUAUAUUUUAUGAUUAUUCCUAUUAUAUUUUAUGCAAUUGUAUAUAUUUUUGGAUUGGAUUGGCAGGAAUUAAGAGACGAUGGUUGGGUGUUUAAUAUAUCGUUAGAUAAUGAUACACCUUGGUAUAACUUUUAUAAUCAUUUUGGUAAAGACAAAACAAAUUGGAAUGCUAUUUUAAAGACAGUUCCAGCAAUGUUUGCUCUUACAUUUUUUGGUAUUUUACAUGUACCUAUAAAUGUACCUGCGUUGGGUGUUUCACUUGAAGAAGAUAAUGUGGAUACAAAUCGUGAAUUGAUAGCUCAUGGUUUUUCAAAUAUGAUUUCUGGUUUUUGUGGAAGUGUUCAAAAUUAUUUGGUAUACACAAAUUCUCUUUUAUUUAUUCAAUCUGGCGGGGAUAGUCGUGUUGCAGGAUUGAUGCUUGCAGCAGGAACUUUUAUAAUUUUAAUUGUUGGACCUUGGAUUGUAGCAUAUGUACCAGUGAUGGCUGUUGGAGCACUCAUUUUUCAUUUAGGUUUAGAGUUAAUGAAAGAAGCUUUGGUUGAUUCCUGGGAAAUUGUAAAUAGUUUAGAAUAUUUCACUAUAGUAGCCACUGCAGUUUUCAUGGCAACUCUUGGUUUCAUCGAAGUCCUUAAAAGCCAUAUAAUGCAGACUCAAAAGAAUGUUUCUUUUAACACUUCAAGAAGUUUUGCUCAAUUUAUUUUUAAAAUUAUAGUUACUCCAACUACAUGA